AUUGCACCUCCCCACUGGUGGGUGGCGCGGUAACGCCAGGUUCUGCUUGGCGCAGCGCACGCUCCUCGGUCUUGGCGGACUCCUCCAGGCGGGUGGACGCGACGUCGGCUCGGUCACGGUGCGUUUCAGCUGAGUCAGACUCUGCCUUCUGAGGGAUAACACGUUCGUCUUGGUGUGGAGUGCAGACGAGACCAAUGUGGGGCAACCAGUUUCAGUCUGCGAAGGGAGGCUCUCAUGGAGGCCAACAGCAGUCGCUGCUUGGACCGGGGCCACCAUCCAUACAGCAGGCAUUGCUACAGGGCCACCAGCAGGCAGGCCAGUCGCAGAAGCAGCGAGUGUUUACAGGAGUGGUCACAAGUCUCCACGACUACUUUGGGUUCAUUGACGAGGAAGUGUUGUUCCAUCUGAAUGUGGUGAAGGGUCGGAUGCCCCAGGUUGGGGAGCGAGUGCUGGUGAAGGCGGUGUUCAACCCCAAUCACUCAGUGAAAUGGAGCGCACUCAAAGUCCAGGUGCAGCCCACUCAGAACCCAUCACACAUGAUGUCUGGACAGAAGCAAGGCAUCCUGGGAGCUAAACCCCAGCCGCAGCCCCUGCUGCAAGCUCCACGCAUUCCCUCCUUGUUGUCCUCACAGCCAUUGCUCUCUCAGCUCCCUCACAAACCUGGUUUGCUGCAGCCUUUGGUUCACUUGGGUCCACAUGCCCAGCUCGGCCGCAGGCUGGACUUGGGAUUGCGGUCAAUGGGCAGGAAUGGUCGAAUGGACAUGGGUCGGAGAGGCGACAGGAGGGACAAUUACAAGCGCAUGGGAGGCCAGGGCGGCUCCCAUAAACGGUACCAGGAUAUGGCAUCUGGGGAAGGGCCAGCAAAAAAGGCACGCCAUUACAUUCCCUCCUACAAUGUGCAGUACUCCCGCUUCUGCCUGAACAGCUCUGCUUGUGAUACAAUUGAAGUGCAGCGUCGAUACCCCUGCCUCAACAUCCCUGACACAUUUUUCGAUAGCAGACUGUGCUGGGUGAAUACAUUCCCGUUGAGUGAACCUUUGCAAUUAGGCCAGAAGUGUGUUUACCAUGUGAUGGAGAAAGGGCUUGAACCAGCUGAGGGUCAAGAGAUGCAACAGGAGCCGGCUGAUGCUGAUUCCACUUACAGUGCCAAGGUGAUACUGUUGUCCUGUCCAGACCUCUUUGACCUGUACCGCCAGGCAUGCACAUUGGCUGAAGCACCUAAAGAUGCAACUGAGACACCUCAGCAUCCCACUAAGCAGAUUAAGUUCUUAGUAGGAAUGAAGGGCCAGGAGGAAGCUGUGGCGAUUGGUGGAAGUUGGUCUCCUUCUCUUGAUGGUCCAGACCCAGAUAAGGAUCCCAGGGUACUCAUCAAGACAGCCAUUCGCACCACCAAGUUCUUGACUGGCAUCGAUUUGAGUGCCUGCACUCAAUGGUUUCGCUUUGCUGAGAUUCGCUACCUUCAGCCUGGAGAGCUCCGUGAGGGGCGGCUGCUCCCAGCCCGCGUGGAGACUGUGGUUGUAUUUCUGCCGGAUGUUUGGCAUUGCCUCCCUACUCGCUUGGAGUGGGACGCACUGUCCCUGGGAUACACGCAACAACUGACUGACAGGGACCAGGCAGAGCACAAGGACACGGACCGAGAUGAGACUGAAGAGAAGAUGGAAGAGCAGGGAGAAGAAGCACUUCCCACCCCAACCCAGUGGAGUAGUCUGGAUCUGAAGACAAUGAAAGUGGAAGACUUCCGCAGGGAACUGAAAGCAAGGAAUAUGAACUGGAAAGGCACAAAGGCUCAGCUUGUGAAUCGGCUGGAGAAAGAGCUGGAAGAGGAGGCAGCCAAGGAGGAGAUAGAGAAGGAUGAAUCCACUGUCAAGGAGGCAGCAACAGACAAAACUCCAGAAAAGAGUCCUGCUGAGGAGCAAAAGCAGGAUGCAGAGGAGAAGCAGCCUGAAGAUACCCCUGUUGCGCCAAAGGAAGAGCUUCGUUGCCCUCUCCCAGCCGAGCCUGCAGUGAUUGUACGUCCCAACACCUCCGCCAUGGGGGGCAACUUCGGGUGUGCUGUGCUGUCACUGAGUAAUCUGAGGAGCUACCGCAUUGAUUCCAAGGGCCACUCCUUCGAGGUUUUGUGGCUUGCAGAGCUGUUCAGUGAGAUGAUGCAGAGGGACUUCGGUUACGCCAUCUACAAGGCCCUGCUUGCAUUCCCAGAGAAGAAACCAGAGGAGCCUGAGAAACCGAAGGCAGCACCUGCCAGUCAGGAGCAGGAACCGAAGGAUCAGGAGAUGGAGCAGGAGGAAAAGGCUAAAGAGCCGAAGACUGAAGGAGAGGAGGUGGAGAACACAGAAGAGAUGAAGGACGUGGAGGAGGUGAAGGAGCCGAGCGAUACCCUGGCUAAAGCCACUGCAAUGGAGGAGGAUGAAAACUGGGAAUGGGAACUGACAAAGCCAGAAGAGGGAGAAGCUAAAGACAAGGAAACAAAAGGAAAGGAAGCUGAGGCUGAUGAUGACAACCUCCUGCAGAUGGAUGAUGUUCUGUUCCUGGAAGACAACGAGGAGGAUUUUGGUAUCUCCAACACUGGUGAUAAGAAGCCAAAUGAGAAAAGCACUGAGGCAGAGAGUGCAUCUGCUAAAGAAACGCAGGAGAAGGAUGUCACGCAGAUGGUGUCUCUGCGCAAGGAUCUGCUGCUUGCCUUCGUUUACUUCGACCGCAAUCUGUGCAACUACCUGAUGGAGAAGGACCUGGAGCUGAUCCUCAGCACCUUGGGACUGCACAUAACUAGAGCUCAGAUUAAGCAGCUGUUGGGGAAAGUGUGCUCCCAAAACAUGUGCUUGUAUCGGACCCUGACUGAUGGCUGGGAAGGAGACCUGGAAAAACUGGAGGAUAAGAGUCUUGUGACAGAGGAUAUGGUGCUUGGGAACCAGCACCUUCUGCCAUCGAGCGCCAGUGUCACAGUGAGCAAGCCCAGGACUCGGUCUGGAGACGGCAGCCUGGUCGAGCACAAUGGCAACAUGGUCAACGUUGGAAACUUGAUCCAGAAGCUGGAGCGAGACGAGAGAAACCGUUCUGACAUGGAAAUAAAGCUGCGGACCAUGGAGACCCAGCUGGCUGAAGCAAUGGGGAAAGUGUCCUCGAAUGACACUGUGAACAAAUCCUUGACUUCCAAGAUAGAGGAGAUGCAGAAGCAGGCGUGUGAGCUGGAGGAUCGGGUCAAAGCGGCCGAGAAACUGAAGAUCUUCUAUGAGCUGCGUCUCCAGGACAACACCAGGAAUCUCAACUCCAUGCUGGAGGAGAUUCAGCGCAUCAUCAAGAAGAAUAAUGCUUUGACAGAGAAGGACAAAUGAGGCGGCGCUGGUGAUCGAGAGGAAGAGUCCCUGAUAGAAUCCAAUCACUUCCCACCAGAUGUAGUGACCUGCGUGAACCCUUGCUUUCCUUAUCUUAUUAAAAACCUAACCAACACCAAGUGUCUCCAACCUGCAAGUUUAAAACAAAGUGUGCUGUUUGAUUUCUCCAUCGGCCUGUGCACUGUAUCCAGGAUGUAUAAUUGAGGAGCAGAGAUUGAUGUGUGUAUUGGUGUAACCAUCCAUGUUUAGGCCACAUCCUCAGUGGGGCCUGCUCUCUCCCCAAACCCCUGCCCCCUUUAGUGUUCCUGGCCAAGCCAAGGCAUGUCAAAGCCCAGGCAAGCGUGGCCCUUUCCUAUCUCCAUCUAGCAGUGCCAGCCUGCCCAAGAGCAGCAUUCCUUGCACAGACUACUGAUGGCGGUGGGAUCAUUCAUGGGACAAGCCUUUGUUCCAGUUCUCCCUGAGAUUGAGGUCUGUGGGAAUGGAUCCCACUGCCCUCCUCCCCUUUAGAUGCCUUCUUUCUGGACCCUUGAUCACCCCCCCCCCCCCCCCCUUCUGUCAGGAUGUCAGUGUUUACAGUAUAAAGGUUCUUCGCCAUUUUUAAAACCUA